AUGAAUGCAGCUCAACUAUUCGAUAGAAACCCACUGCAUGUUGCACACCUCCAAGGACCAGUGGAUCGACUACAUGAUACGAAUCUCAGAGCGAUAUACGAGCGGGCUGGGAGAAUAUUGCUGAUCCAACGAUGGAAAGACUUGACUACUGGAGCCCCCCACGCCUUCUUGCUGUUCGAGUCGGAACUAGCAGCUAAUAGCUGCUGCAAUCGUAUUGGGGCACCUCGCAUCACUACACCCAAUGGAUCCCAUCCGCAGUCAAUCACGUCUACGAUUCUUCAGCCAAACCAGCCAAAUCACCCAGCUUUUCAGCAGUGGCUUAACUCCCAGAACAUGGUCCCCAGUUACGUCACCAAGAAUUAUCCUACACCUCCAAAAGUUGCCGAGUUUCCGUUGAGUUGUUUGAGAGUAUUGAGCGAGGAUGCUACUCCUAUCGUCAGCAAGUUGAAGGAGUUUAAAUGUGGUCCUGGGUGGUGGAGGUUUGUCGCGCAAAUGUACGUCGCCAACAAGCUCUGGGCCGCUGCUCGCAUGGUCUUGAAAUGCGAGAAGGAACCAGUGGAGGAAGAUGUUAUCGAUAUCUCUGACGAUUCGGCUCAUGAACAUGCAAGUGAUGACGAUCAAUCUGACAUGACUAAAACGCAAGCGUCCUCCAAGUCAUCGAAAGCCUCGCACAACGCGUGGUUGCCGAGCAAAAGAAAUGUCAAUGGUGCUCGAGCCAAACUUGGUGUUGUCACAUCUAAACCUGCGACUUCUUCUAAAUCAAAGGCUACUACGAAGAAGGCGACCAAGUCAACUUUGGGCGCAGAGGCACCACCUUUUGUUCCUACGCCGAUGAGUGAGAGCCCUUCGACAGAUACGACGCCCCAAGCGAGUGUGGAUACGCCUCCGACUGUACCCGCCACGCUUCCUAUACUGGCCAGAUCUAGUAUUAUCCCAGGACCGAGUGAUGCAAACCGAUUAAACGGAGCCACGGACCCGGCUUCGGGGGUAAUCCCUGUAAAAGCCUCAUCGUCGCCAGGAGACCUCCCUCUAGCUGCGUCCGCCCCUACACAGCAAUCUCCAUCGACGUCAAGCUCUCACCCUUUAGCACCUGCAUCUCAAUCGUCAAACCCAGUUCCCCGAGAUUCACCCUCUCGACAGACCACUCCAACACCUACCCCCUCAACAUCCGCGUUAGACAAACCUGUUUCAGCUCUCUCAGACUCGAACAAGAAAAGCUUAAAAGUAUCAAAGGAACUCUCAGAGGGCACAAAGAAAGCCACAGCAGAGGUGACUAAAGAUAUAAGUACUGCACCUACGAGUUCGCGAGCUGGAACUCCAAAAACGGUCUCACAUCACCACCUUUUCAACUCGAUCGCGGCUCCCGAUUCGACUAGACUACCGGCGAAAGCCACACCACCGAUAGGCUCAGGGUCGGCCACUGCCCUUGCAUCACUAAAUUCGACUCUGCCAAAGGUGCCAGAAUCGACCGCACCACCUACACAUGUAAAAGCGGCCACACCUCCGACUGCGCCAAAGAAAACCACACCACCGACAGCCCCUAGGGCCCUCAUGGCUGCUUUACCUGGACAGAAGGCACCACCCACAGGCCCGAGGGCACUGAUGAACGCUUUUAGGACGAGAUCUUCAAGUCCGGCCACUCUGAGUACCAGUGCCACUGCCAAGGCUACCAACGGUACUUCGAGUCAUAACUCUGAUGCUACUGCUUCGCGCUCCACGCCCGCCGGAGGAGCUCCAACCCCUGGCGCCAGUGGAACUACAUUAGCUACCAUCGCCAGUACUAUUCCCAAGGCCUCUGUAAAAGCGACCCGUCAUCGGGCUUUACUCGGGUGGCUUGAUGCUCAAGGUGAAAUGUCUAAACAGGUUCAAGUCAAGAAAGAGAUGGACCAAGAACCUUUGGGGGAUGAUAAGUCCUUGGGGGAUCCGCCGACUCUGGCCCCUUCGCGGGGCUCGUCUACUGUUCCGCCUGCACAAGGGCCAUCUUUACAAGAAGCCCCAUCAGGCCAAGUUGCUCAGAAACUACCCUCAAUUCCAGUUAUGCAGGACACGCCCGCUCCACCAGCGCAGACCCUGGCUCCUACUCAGGCCACGGAAACCCCACCACUCGUUGAAGGUCAAUCGUCAAUCGCACCCAUGGACGAAUCUAUGUCUACCGUACCUAUGGAAGGUGACUCUUCGUUUGGUGUAUCCGCCGAAGACUUGUUCCCCAACUCUACGACACUGACCGAAGAUGCCUCCAUUACACCUCAGCAAGAUUUACCACCCCUCGCUCCUACACAAAAACCAUCUAUUGCGACCACAGAUGAGACAAUUCCUGCUCCUCUACCAGACUCACCUCCCGUCCCCCCUGCUCGGGAUCCACUACACACGUCCACCACCUUAUCCACCACUCCGCGUGCUUCCACCUCGGCUCGACCUCGAACUCCAAUCCGAUCACCAUCUCGUGACCCACUGUCAUUUUUUGGGAUUUCAAGCUCCCCAGGUUCUCUGCUCGCUGCACUCCCUCCGUCUUCGUCCUCUCCAACAAAGCGUAAAUCCGACACGCUCGAAAGCCGGUUGAUCAAGCGCCGUCGUCACCGUACAUCCUCUUCGAAAUCCGAACCCAUCAUCGUCGAACCCGAAAUUUCUGCUCUGGAAGCUGAAAAGGCCCGUGCGGCUGAGCUGCAAGCAGAAGAGGAACGAGUACGAGAAUUACUCGGUGUUGACAUGAGCGACUAUGCCGAGAGCGUAAUGGCACGACUUUCUGGGUCCGACAAAUCCAACCGUGGGGUUCUCUCGGGUUCGGAAAAGUCCAAAGGUUCUCCUGGAAUGCAGGAAUCGAUCUCUGUCGAGUCGGAUCUGGAUCUGGAGCUUAGGUCGUUGAGGGCUAUGAGAGAUGAGAACGAAGCUCUCAAGCUGAAGAUCAAGGUUCUCGAAAUGACGCUCCCAACUGCCGAGUCGGUAAAGAACGAACUAUACGCCGAACGCAAGGAAAAGACUCAGCUCAUUGAAGCACUGGAGAUCGAGAGGUCGCUCUUGACCCAGAGUGAGGCGCUGAGGAAACAAUCAGACGCCACACGCGAGGGACUGCAGCAGCGGAUUAAACAACUUGAAGAGCGAUUGGCUGAAUCUUCCGGAAAUCUUGAAAAGGCGAGGGAAGUGGCGCAGGCGGCGGCUGAGCAGAGACGCAAGGCGGAGGAGGCUGCUUUGUUAGCUGAAACGGAGCGGACUAAACUAGGAACAAUGCUGGACGCCGAGAGAGAUCUGGUCAGUCAGGAGAGGGCAGCAUUAGCCGAGGAGAGAGGCAUUAGAGCGGAAGCUCAGGCUAAAUUAGCCGCUGCGGAGGCUCGACUUGCGGCUGAACAGAGGCGGUACACAGAGGCAAGGGAUCAAGCGGAGAAGGAGCGUGCGGAGGCUAAGAGCUUCUUGGACGCCGAAAAGGCCAUCGCUAGCGCUCAGGAGGCUAAACUCGAGAGGGAGAAAGAGAUUAGGGGCGAGCUGGAAGCCAAGCUCAAGGAAAUGGAGGAGAAGAUCAAGGACGAACAAGCCAAGCAGGUGGAGGACAGGAAAAAGGCGGAUGCUAUUCUGCAAAGAGAGCUGACAAUGGCCAUGAAACUCGUGACUGCCGAGCGCGAGAUUACUCGGGCCGAGAGAGUAAAAACGGGAGCAGAACUGGAGGCAAAGGAGUCGGCGGAGAAGGAGGUGAUUUUGUUGAAGGAGCAGCUUGCGGCAAUCGAGAAGAAACUGAGCGAGGUUCAAGACGGCAACAAUUCGAUGAAGCGGGAUCUUACAACGUUCAAGGAUCAGCUCAACGAAUCCACAGGGCGAGAACACGCUCUCAGAGCACAGCUAUCUACGGCUGGUACUAAACUCGCAAUGUCAGAGGGUCGGGCCCGCGCAACAGAGGAUCGAGUCGCCGACGUAGAACAGAUCUCGAGGCGACAUGCAGUGGAGUUAUCAAGGCUCCAGAACGAACUUAUGUCAGAAAAGCAUGUGCUGAUAAUGGAAAGACAGACGUUGGCAAAGGAGCGCAUCUCGCGAAAGGAAUUGGAGAGCAAGUUGGUGGUGACCGAGGAGAGGUUGGCGGCCAGUGCGAAACAGGCGGCCGAGCUCCAAACACAGCUGAAGACCGCAGUAUCAUCGGGCCAGGGGUCGAACGACCAGUUGCAGACGCAGCGCACCUUGUUGCACAUUGCUCGUACACGCAUUCAAGAGCUUGAACAAGCUAUUCAACGAGUUGAAUCCGACUUGGACGCUUCUCGUACUGCCGAAGCAACUGCCAAAACGAUGGUCCAGCUCUGGGGCCCGCCUCUUUCCCGAACACACCUCUCCUCACCCGUGUCUGACAUUGUUGAUCGAAACACUGAGCAGACAGAGAUGGAGGUCAAUCCAUUCGUUUCUCUCAUGAAACCUCCUCGGCAACAGAGCUUCAAACUCAAGCGAACCGCUGUGCCUGCUCGAUUACUCAAAGUCGAUAUGCCAUCUGGCGAAGUCGCCAAUAUCGACUUGGGCGGAUUGCCCGCGAAUCCGGAAGCAAUCAUUGAUUUGUUGUAUAAGUCCAAGUGCGCGGGGGUGUUCUGGGAUAUUAUUAUGGAUGAGUAUGGUGCAAUGGGUUGUUUUGAUGCUGCCGAGGCAAUCGCGGCAGGCAAGCUCAAGUACCAACUCUGA